GAGGUGACGGAACAUUCGUGUUUACCAUGGCAAUUAACGGAGAAAGAUAAUCAGAUAACGGUGGAUCACAUUAAACCUCAAAGAAUCGUUAAUUAUGAUUCCUACAAGCGCGAACGAACAGACAAGUAUACGACCCGCACGAAGUCGGACUACGAGGUUCCGAUUGCAAUGGAGUCCUCCCGACACCGCACUUCUGGAGCCUAUCAGAAGAGCGAGGUUGUCUACUUCAACGACACAUUUGAUGCAAAAGAUGAAAGUGGAAUAAGUCGCCCACAUAAUCUUGCUUACCAGGCUGCUCCUUUCACCAAUGUUACGAACACCGGUUCUCCAUAUGCCGGCAAUAUCGUGCGCCAGAAGCAAGGCUUUCAAAACAGCUACACUGCUGACAGCUACACAAGGACAGAAUCACGAAAUACCAGCGGCUACGGCAGUUUUGGUGACGCAAAGCCUGUUCCGGGAGCUCCCAGUGUACCGCCGAAAGUAUUUGGAAGCUCAGUUCCAUCGUCUGCUACAACGACAGGGCAACCAGCGCCUGCUACAGACGCAACGGGAAGGGCAUACACACCGAUGCGUGUGGAUACGAGAGAUGCUCAUGGCGGUGCUGGUUACCAUUCUGUUACGUCUCCAGGUAGAUACAUACACAGCGGUGGUAUACCAGUGGAUUCAUCCGGACGAGAUUCUAGAGGGCGAGUCGUGUUCCAGCACUCACCACGCACAGAACGCCAGCUCUCACCGCAUGCUACAGUUCGUCAUCUUCAGUACAAUUCACCCAUGAAUAUUUAUUCUCCGCAGUCCGCUGCCGAACAGUAUCUCCAGCAAACUGGCGGACGUUUCGGCAUCGAGUGA